UUCGACCACCUACAGCCUACAGGGCUUCUCCAAUUCCUAGUUCCCAUGGGUACUUCAGUCCGGCGCGGGUGAUUGCUCUGCUUCUGCCUCUGUUAAUAUGUUUUAAUAGGUGAAAUACUCGAAUCACCCCGAUAGCGGUACCAAACGUAGGGUCUUGACUUUUUAGAUCUUCAAUGCCUCUGUUACUCUGAUCAUGCCUUCCGUUCCAUAGUCGUAGCUCUCCAUUCGUUGAAGAGAAAUGCAUUCACUGUUUGUGUUUUGUGUUUGUUAAAGCCUGGAAGACCAAGGAUCACAAUCCAAGAGUUCAGUUCAAGGUAUUAUAUUAACACUACUGGUGCCAAGUUGCAAACAAUUUUCUCCUACCGUUUUACGGGACCUGCUUCGGGUAUUCUUCUUCCACGGCUUCGUCGGAGGCUUGGUGGUUUCUUCUUAAACGCCUGGGAUCACUUUUAUUGUUUUGGAGUUAUUUAAUAAGAAGACAUUGAAUUGGUUUCUCCAUUCCCGAAACAAAAGAGAAUGAAGAUAUCAUAUUUUCCGAAUCGCUAUGUGAUUGUCAUUUUGACCUUCAUUUGCACAUGCGUUUGCUACAUAGAACGGGUGGGAUUCUCUAUUGCAUAUACUGCUGCUGCGGAUGCAGCAGGAAUAAAUCAGUCAAGCAAGGGCAUGAUACUUUCUACUUUCUAUUAUGGGUAUGCCUGCUCACAAGUUCCUGGUGGUUGGGCAGCCCAAAAAAUUGGAGGAAGGCGUGUUCUCCUACUCUCAUUUGUUUUGUGGUCUCUGACUUGUUCUUUUAUACCGUUAGAUCCUAAUCGAGUUACAAUUUUGGUAAUAGCUCGCUUGCUUGUUGGAGUGGCUCAGGGCUUCAUCUUUCCAUCUAUUCACACUGUCCUAGCACAGUGGGUGCCACCACAUGAACGGUCAAGAUCUGUUUCUCUCACAACGUCAGGUAUGUAUUUUGGUGCUGCUGUAGGAACGCUUUUGCUUCCUAGCCUGGUUACAUUUCGGGGCCCACAAUCAGUGUUUCUUACUGAAGCUGCUUUAGGUGCUUUGUGGUCUCUAUUAUGGUACAAAUAUGCCAGUGACCCACCUCGUUCUGAUAAUCCCAAGGCCACAGCAGCUGGCUUUGGUGAUUCCUUGCUCCCAAUCGAGGGCAAUGAAAGGAGAAAAGCAGCAAAUGGAGUAUACUCCAUACGAACACCAAAAAUUCCAUGGAAGAGAAUUGUAUUGAGUUCGCCUAUCUGGGCGAUAGUCAUAAAUAAUUUUACAUUCCACUAUGGUCUUUAUGUCCUCAUGAAUUGGCUUCCGACAUACUUUGAAUUAGGCCUCCAGCACAGCCUUCAGGAAAUGGGUUCAUCCAAGAUGAUACCUUACCUCAACAUGUUUAUAUUUUCAAAUAUUGGUGGGGUGAUUGCCGAUCACUUGAUCACCCAGAGGAUUUUGUCUGUAACUAUAACAAGAAAGCUUCUAAAUACUGUGGGAUUCAUUGUGGCCUCUUUUGCCCUGAUGGCACUCCCAUUGUUCACAUCAGCUGAUGGAGUUGUGUUUUGUUCUUCUGUCGCCCUUGGUUUCCUGGCACUUGGGAGGGCUGGUUUUGCAGUAAAUCAUAUGGAUGUUGCUCCAAGAUAUGCAGGAAUCAUUAUGGGGGUUUCCAAUACAGCUGGUACCUUGGCUGGAAUAGUUGGGGUUGAUCUCACUGGCCGCCUUCUUGAAGCAGGUAAGGCUGCCCAGUUGGAUCUCACUAAUCCGGAUAGCUGGAGAGCAGUUUUCUUCAUCCCAGGUUCACUCUGUAUCCUCAGUUCACUUGUUUUUCUUCUACUGUCCACAGGGGAAAGGAUAUUUGACUGACUCUUUUGUUUGUUGGAAGUUUAAAGAACAUAUAUAUAUAUAUAUUAACUCUCUUCUUUCUGCUGCCUAAAUUGUAACAUUCAAGUCAUACCCAUUUCAGAAACUCAAAACUUUCUGCUUCCUAAAUUGUAACACUGAAGCCAUACUCAUUUUGCAUUAUUUAUUUUGUCAUCACAAGACAUUCAUAUUAAUUUGGCCGGAAUUGUAAAAGGCAACGCGCCAUACCCAUUGUUGUGGUUACACUGAA